UCUUAUCUCUCUAGCGUUAGUAUCGCAGGUGAAUGACAGAUAAAGUUCCACAAAGAAAAAGAUAAUACUUCAAUCACUAUUGCAGUUCAUUAUCCAUUAUCAAAUGAUGAAGUUGUUUUGCGUGAAGCUAAGCAAACAUGUCUAGUUUUCCUGAAGUCAAUUUGGCUUUUAAUGGCAUCGGACCACAACAACUCGAUGCAGACUUGUCUCUAUCGCCUAUCAUUUUGCUGCAUGGUUUAGUAUCUUCAAAAGAUACAUGGAACCAUGUAAUGCGACCACUCGCUGACGGGACAGGUCGAAAGGUAUUUACGUAUGACGCAAGAAAUCAUGGAGACAGUGGAUGGAAUGAUCAGUUCGAUUACGAAUAUAUGAAAGAAGAUCUACUGCAUUUCAUGGAGUUUAUGUACUUAGAGAAAGCCAUACUUGUUGGCCACAGUAUGGGGGGUAAAGUGGGAAUGCUGACAGCUCUAAAAAAGCCAGAAAAAGUGGAGAAACUAGUAGUUGAAGAUAUUACACCGAAACGCCUUCCACCAGGCAACAGACGAUAUGCUUCCGUUUACAUUCGAGAUAUGAAAGAAGGUCUCGAGAAAAUGCCAGAAGAUAUCAAGGAUCUUCAAAAAGCUAAAGAAUUCGUAGCAGCUUUCAUUUAUGGAAGAACUCCGCAAGAACAUCGCAGUGAAAAAAAUCGUUUUCCUGUUGCUUCUGAAUUGCCUUUGACACAAGAUCAAAGCGGAAAGUUCAAAUGGAAGCACAAUCUUGAGGUCAUAGAAGACAUUUUGCUGAAUGGUUCUAAAUUAUCCUCGCAGCUUCAAGGAUUAUAUGAUGGAGCAGCAUUUUUCCUUUAUGGUACCAGGUCUCAAUACAACGUAUUCAAUGAUAAAGAAUUCAUCUUGAAACUUUUCCCGAAGGCAAUGUUCAAAGCCAUAGAAGGUGCAGGCCAUUCGAUUCAUGCAGAAUACCCAGAAGAAUUUUGCGAAGAAAUUAUAAAAUUCUUAAAUAACAGUUAAAAUAUGUGUAAAAUACUUAAAUUAUAUUAUUUUUGAAUAAUGAAUUACUUUGGAACUGUGCGUUUUAGCGGUAGUUAUGAAAUUUGUCAGUUAACUCUCCGGUUAAUUUCACUGUUGUCAACAAGUAUUGCGUUAUGCUUUAGUGAAUAUUUGUACAGAUAUGUUGUUGUUGUCUUGUCCAUAUUACAUGGAACAAUGGUUGCCAGAGGCUACUCCGAAGAGAAUUUGGACUUCUAUUUUCCACCCCAAAUUUUGAGGGAGAGCACCCCGGGGAGGAUUCGGGAGUUUCCCAUCCCUCUCCUCCCCCACUAAUCCACACGGGAGGACUUUCGGCUCACCGCAUAUUUAGAUUACCGCCAUGCAACACCGAACUAUACAUACAGAAACAUCCAUGUCUUACCUGGAAUUCGAACCCGGGCCCUCCGGUAUCGUAGUAGGCUCCCCUAACUCCUAUAUCGUCUAGGCGACAACAGAUAUAUAACAAAGAUAUAGACACAGACAACUCACUCAUUUUUUUAUUUCUCAAUUCUGAAUUUUCUAAUGCAAAUAUUGUUCCUUAAAUGCAUUUAAAACUACUUUUUUAUUUAUUAUAAUUCAAAGAUAAGACUGUCAAUAAAAGAAUAGAUUAAUUACUUU